AUGACAGAUGGCACAGGCAGCCCCCCAGCUCCUGCUGCUGCUGCAGCGCCAGGAACAGCAGCAGCAGCAGCAACAACAGCAACAGCAGCAGGAGAAGCAGCAACAGCAGAUGGAGCUGCUGUUGCUGCUGCUGCUGCAGUAGAUAUAGAUCUGAAGCCCAAGGCAACUUCUCCAUCAGAGGAUAGCCAGGGUGCCUCUAACUCUUCCUCCCCGGAACAGCAGCAGCAGCAACAGCAACAGCAGCAGCAGCAGCAGCAGCGGAAGUCUGGAGGGGGAGUAGAACGGGAGCUGCUGCGGCUGCUGACGGGUCAAGGAAAUUCUCUUGACGAGCUUUGUCUUGCCUUUACAGGCGGACGCAGCAAAAGACCACGUGCAGCAGCAGCAGCAGCAGCAACACCAGCGGCUGCUACCCCACCUGCUGCUGCUGCUGAGACGGCGUCGCAUAGCAGCAACAGCUGCAGCAGCAAGAAGAGAAAGAGCUCCUCGCAGCAGCCUGAGAAGGCAUCAACACAACAUAAGUCAGCAGCAGCAGCAACACCAGCAGCAGCAGCAGCAGCAGCAGCAGCAGCAGACAAAAAGAAGGAGAGACCCACAGCCGCUGCAGCAGCAACCACAGAAGCAACACCUGCUGCUGCUGCUGCUGCUGCUGCAUGCAAGACAGAAGAUGAAGAGGAUAUACUGCUGUCUGUCCUCCCUAGGGAACUAAGAAAUCUUGCAACAACUGCAGAGCUGCUGCAGGCAAACGCUGGCUGCCGCGGCAGCAGACGCAGCAGCAGCAGCAGCAGUAGCAGCAGCAGCAGCAGCAGCAGUAGCAGCAACCACAGCAGCAGCAAGAGCAGCAGCAGCAGCAGCAAGAGCAGCAGCAGCAGCAGCAAGAGCAGCAGUAGCAGCAGCAAGAGCAGCAAUAGCAGCAGCAAGAGCAGCAGCAGCAGCAGCAGGAGCGGCAGUAGCAGCAGCAAGAGCAGCAGCAGCAGCAGCAAGAGCAGCAGCAGCAGCAGCGGCGGCAAGAGCAGCGGCAGCAGCAACAGGAGCAGCAGCAGCAGUAGCAGCAGCAGCAAGAACGCAAGUGCAUGUAAGACGCCGACAUCGCCUGCAUCAAGGAAUAGCGAUGCUUCUGCGUCUUCCAAGAGCAAGCAGCAGCAGCAGCAGCAGCAGCAGCAGGAGGAACGAGAGAAGCAGAAGCAGCAGACGCCUAAGCACGAGCAGCAGAAGCAGCAGGAACGAGAAAAACAGAAGCAGCAGACGCCCAAGCAGCAGCAGCAGCAGCAGCAGCAGGAACGAGAGAAGGAGAAUAAGCACACGCCUAAGCAGGAGCAGGAGCAGCAGCAGGAGCGAGAGAAGGAGAAGCAGCAGGCGCCUAAGCAGCAGCAGCAGCAACAACAGGAGCAAAGCCGCUCACAGCCGAAAAAGAAGCAGCAAGAGCAGCAAGGGCAGCAGCACGAGAGCUGCCGCGUCAAAAGGCCUGAACCGGAGCAGCAGCAGCAGCAGCAGCAGCAGCAGCAAAGCAAAAAGAGGGAAAUCAAGCAGCAGCAGGAACAGCAGCCGCUGCAGAGGGAAGACAAGAGAGAGCACGAGCUCUCAGAUGUGCAGCAGCAGGACAAGCAGCAGCAACCGCAGCAACAGCAGCAACCGCAGCAACAGCAGCAGCAGCAGCAGGGAUUAUAUGUACAGGAUGGCGCUAAGCGGCAGAGGAAAGGCAGCAGCGACGAGAAAGCGGCAGCAGCGCCGGCAGCAGCCGAUAGCGCUGCUCCUGCUGCUGCUCCUGCUGCUGCUCCUGCUGCAUGCAAGCCAGAUAUAGAGGGAACAUCUGCGCCUUAUACUGGCAGCAGCAAGGACUGCAGCAGCAGCAGCAGCGCCUGCGAGCGCAGCAGCAGUCACACUAAUAGCAGCGGCGAGAAAGGUGGCAUUGGCAGCUGCGACACCAAGAGCAGCAGCAGCAGCAGCAGCAACAGCAGCAACAGCAGCAGCAGCAGCCCCGUUGCUACAACAAAUGCAGGUAGCGAUGGUACCGGUGGGGACACCUGCAGCAUAAAGACAGAAGAAGGAGACAGCCAACUGUCUAUAUUUAGCAACUGCAGCAGCAGCAGCAGCAACAGCAGCAGUAGUAGUAGUAGUAGUAGUAGUAGUAGCAGCAGCAGCUACUGCUGCGAGCAGGCCCAGGGAGAAGUGCCACUAUUUGCUGCUUCUGCUAGGUCGGAUGCUGCUGAAGAUGCAGCAGUGACAAAGACAGCAGCAACUGCUGCUGCUGCUGCUGCUGCUGCUGUUUUUCCUGGCGCACCUGCUGCUGCUGCUGCUGCUGCCGCUGCAGCAGCUGCUGAGCACAUUGAAUCACCGAGGAAGAGGAGCGAGUCUAGGGAGAAACCACCCUCUAACCAGAAGCAUAGGCAGCAGCAGCAGCAGCAGCAAGAGCCGCAAAAAUCCGUCCUUGUAGUCCCUAGUAGACCAGAGGAGAAGGUACAGAGACGACAGAUAAAGCCAGAUGUAAGUCCCUAUCCGUGCAGCAGCAGCAGCAGCAGCACGAACAGCAGCAGCAGCAGCAGCAGCACGAACAGCAACAGCAUUAGCAGCAGCACAACCACCAACACCUAA